AUGCAAGACUUUUUACCAUCUUACCAGCUCCACAGAUACCUCAACAGGCAUUUGGACGACAUUAUCAAUGACCACAAGUUGCAGUCGCCACCGGACUACAUUGAGGUCGAAGAGACCUCCCAGGCCGUUUCGCCUCAAGUGUCCUUCACGUCGCAACAUCUGGAACGCGACGGAAUGUCCUCAUUGGCUUCGGAUGCCCAGAAUUCCAUCUGGAACACCAUUGACAAGCACCAGUACAUGACCCAGGAUGCUGUUUUCAUUGACAUCCAGCUGGACGACCACUCCAACGUCCAUUACUCGCCGUACACCAGCGGCGACAUCGUCAAGGGAGCCGUUCGGGUGCACAACAUCACCCCGAAUCCGAUCCCUUUUGAAAACAUCUUUGUCAGCUUCGAAGGGUACUUCUGGGCCAUCAAGACCAACUUCAAGAUGAUCAUCAACAACUUCUUGGACAUGGUGGAUUUCGAAGCAAGCUGUUUGUGCGAGGACCCGGACUCUGGCCUGCCCCUCGACCGCAUUCUGCGGCCCAACAGCUCGUACGUGGUGCGGUUCAAGUUCCAGAUCCCAGAGUACUCCAAGAAAGGGUUCCCACUGCCUCCUAGCGUGGGGGACCUCCACUUGCGGCACAAAAUCCACUCCCAAAUUCAGGACACAAAGUUCCUCAGAGACAGCUUUGCGCACCGGGAUUACAGCAACGAGAACUUCAGUAUCAGCUACUGCGUGAACGCGCGACUGCUCGAGCUGGACGAGUCGAAAAAACGGCUCGUGAUCCGCCGCCAUAGUCGUCACAUGAUCAUGUUCACCCCAACGUACCACGAGUUCAAGUUCAGAUACCUGGAUCCGGCGGACGAGCUGCGGCUGUUGGUUAACUCCUUAGAAGACCUGAUGAGUAACCACCUGGCCAAGCGCGAGAAUAACCCAGAUCCAAAGCGCGUGCGACCGAAUCGACAUAAGUUUCGAGUAUCUGAGGACCGUGAGGUAUUCCGGUUGCAACUCAAGAACGACCCCUCUGUCGUUAUUGAAAAGUACCUGGACUACACCACGAGUUCUCAGUUCCUCAACUCCAACGCUAAUUUGACCGUCACUUUCAAAGAGGACAUCAAGGUCAAGUGCAUCGAAUUGAUCGCCAUUAAUUACUACACGCAGAGCACUCUGCCCGUUUCUCUUAUUGCUGACUGGUUUGUCAACCAUGUUCAGUUCGAAACCACGAUCCGUCCCAAGUUCAAAGAAUUGGAGCAGGUUUUGGCCGAUUGCGACGACGAGGAGGCUUUGAACAUGAUCCGGUCGUUCUCCAACCUGCGGUUUUCCACCACAAAGAUGCCCAAGGUGAUCACCUUCAAAAAGUCUGCUCCGUUCGCGUACACUAUUUCUCUUGCAAAGACAAAACGGGAUGUGGUUGUCCCCUCUUUUGAGUUCCCAUACUGCGGCCGGUUGUACUUCAUGCGGUUCCAGGUGAAACUGCCUGUUGGAGUGCUACACAACGGCGAGUCGACUUUGGUUUUUGACAUCCCAAUCAGUCUGAACUCAUGA